ACCCACACCUUCCUCCCCAUUUCUCAUUUCCACAUUACACAUAUCCGUCUCUUGUUUUCCAUAACAAAACCAAAAUCACAUUUUCGUUGCAUCUCUCCUUAUAUUCCAAUCCCUCACCAAACUCUCCCACCCUGCAUUCACUCCCUAGGUUUGUCUAGCUUCUCUCCCACCGUCUUUCUAGCUAAAUAAUCAUCACCGCCGCCGCGGUCUUCCCCAUUUAGGCGACGAGACGCAUUACAAUGGGGCGUCGUCUCUUCGCCUGCUUUGGAAAAGGCCUCUCCUCCUCCCCCUCCUCCUCGGCCACGCAUGAGAAACACACGUCAGCGGCUACAGCUGACGUGUCGGCCGAGGAGCAGAGGAAGAGCGGGCCGGUGCUGGUGGAGCUGUUCUCGUCGCAGGGCUGCACCACCUCGCCGGUGGCGGAGCUGCUUCUGUCGAGGCUUGGGAGAGGGGAUUUCAACGGGAGUGACGUGCCUCCGGUGGUGGUGCUGGCGUACCACGUGGACUACUGGGACUACAUGGGGUGGAAGGACCCGUACGGUUCGAGCCAGUGGACCGUUCGGCAAAAGGCUUAUAUUGAGGCCUUGAAGCAGGACACCAUGUUCACGCCUCAGGUGGUGGUUCAAGGUACGGCUCAAUGUGUUGGCAACGAUGAGAAUGAUUUGCUAACCUCCAUCAAGCAGGCAACCAGAUAUGCUGCACCCACAUUCCAGGCAACUUUCGAAAGACCAUCUCCAGACUCCUUACAAGUAUCUCUAACAGGAGCUUUAAGGACAAAGGUGGAUAGCAAUGGCGCCAAUGUGAUGGUGGCGCUCUAUGAAAGUGGGUUAGUCACUGACUGCCCCUCGGGAGAGAACAAAGGACGCGUCCUGUCCAACGACUAUGUUGUUCGAAGACUCGAAAAGCUCUGCACGGUUAAGGACGUCCCAGCCAAGAAGACCAUUUCAGGGACUAUUACCUUCCCAUUAUGGCAAAGUUUCAAUGCCACCAAAUGUGGGAUGGUCGUCUUCAUUCAAAACAGCUCGCAUCAAAUUUUUGGUUCUCAGAAGUUUCAGCUGCCGGAUAAUUGAGAAGAAUUCACAGAGAUUGAAAUGCUCGUCUUUUCUUUGCUUUUGUGCUCAGGCAAUUUGCCAGCCGGCCAAGUUCUCUGGCCAUUAUGUACAGGUUAUGUACAGGAUGUGUUGAUAAUAGGUCCUGGUUUGUUUUCCUUUUUUAUUGUUAGAAUAUGGGAGAGAUUUGCACUCGUGAUGUAUGCAUUCUUUUCAGAUUCAAAGUUCGAGUGUUUGAAUCAAUAUUUCUUUGUUCGAGUAUUUGAGAGAUGAGGAUGCACUUUUCUGUCUGAUUCUCUCUUCAAAUGCUUUGCUUUA